AUGGCGGCGCCCAUCCAGCGAGUGGCGGAGCCUGCCGCCGAAGAGAAGGCGGUGACGGCCGAACUGGGGUUCUCGGAACCAGGGGCUGCCCCGUACGGAAACUUCCCGUGUUACUCCCGCUUCCACCCGCCCGAGCAGCGACUUCGCCUCCUGCCCCCGGCAUUGCUGCAGCGGCUUUUCCCCCCGGGGGGCCUCGAUCCUCGGCCGCUGCUGGGACUUGAUGUGGGUUGUAACUCGGGGGAGCUGAGCAUUGCUCUGUACAGACACCUCCUCUCACUUGACGAGGGAGAAAUCUGUCCAGUUUCCACUAGAGACCUUCGCUUCCUUUGCUGUGACAUUGACCCUGUCCUGGUGGAUCGAGCUGAGAAGGACUGCCCUUUUCCUGCAGCUAUGUCCUUUGUUACCUUGGACAUCAUGGAUCCUCAAGCCCGGGAGCCCCUUUUGAGCUCCUUCCUGAACCAGUUUGGCCGUUCAGCCUUUGAUAUAGUCUUCUGUAUGUCCAUCACCAUGUGGAUCCAUCUGAACCAUGGGGACAGUGGCCUACUGGCAUUCCUGGCCCAUCUCGCCUCCCUCUGCCGCUAUCUCCUGGUUGAACCACAGCCUUGGAAGUGUUACCGGGCAGCUGCCAGGCGCCUGCGAAAGCUAGGCCACCAUAACUUUGACAACUUUCGUUCUCUUGCCAUUCGUGGUGACAUGGCUGACCAGAUCAUUCAGAUUCUUACCAAUGACCAUGGUAUGGAGUUGGUAUGCUGUUUUGGCAGCACUAGUUGGGCCCGAAGCCUUUUGCUCUUCAAGGCAAACCAGCCAUCAGAGCCUACCCCAUCCCUGUGA